GGCGCACCAUGUACACUAUCACCAAGGGACCCAGCAAGCUCGUCGCGCAGCGCCGCACAGGCCCCCCGCAGCAGCAAGUGGAGAGCAGGGUCGGCGAGCUCUUGAAAUGCCGGCAGCCCGCGCCGCCAACGCCGCCGCCUCCGCGGGCUCAGCCCUUCGCGCAGCCGCCCGGACCCUGGCCCCUGUCGAGCUCAGGGCCCAGGCUGGUGUUCAACCGGGUGAAUGGCCGGCGGCCCCCUGCCACGUCCCCAUCCCUCGAAGGGCCCCAGGAGACCUACACACUGGCCCAUGAGGAGAACGUCCGCUUUGUGUCCGAAGCCUGGCAGCAGGUGGAGCAGCAGCUGGACAGCGUCCCAGCUGGUGAGAGUGGAAUGAGGCCUGUACAGUACGAGGAGAGGAGCCCUAACCCCCGCCUGCAGAAUUUCGUGCCCAUUGACCUGGACGAGUGGUGGGCACAGCAGUUCCUGGCUCGAAUCACCAACUGCUCCUAG